CGGAUCUUCCUUUCGACUUCUUCUACUCCUACUCCGAGACCAAUCCGUCAGUUGAGCCUAUAGGCUUCCGAGAAUCGCCGAAGUUCUCACCGUUUGGCCCGGGCCGGCUCGACCGGAAAUGGAGCGGCACUUCGGCCCCUGCGGGGAUGGAAGUGAAGAUACGUGAAGUUUCGGAGGAGAGGAAUCGGAUUCUUGGAGACCCACUUUCGGAGGAGGAAGUUGCAGAGCUUGUGGAAGAGUAUCGGCAUGACAAUUGCUCCCGGCAAAUAAAUCUUGGAAAGGGGGGAGUUACUCACAACAUGUUGGAUGACAUACAUAACCACUGGAAAAGGGCUGAAGCUGUGAGGAUCAAGUGCUUGGGAGUGCCAACUCUUGAUAUGGACAAUAUAUGUUUCCACCUUGAGGACAAGUCGGGUGGGAAGAUAAUAUAUCGACAUAUCAAUGUCCUUCUUUUAUACCGUGGUCGAAACUAUGAUCCCAAGAAUCGACCAGCUAUCCCUCUUAUGUUGUGGAAACCUUAUGCGCCAAUAUAUCCAAAGCUUGUGAAGAAUGUGGCUGAUGGCUUAUCAUUUGAGGAAACGAAGGAAAUGAGAAGUAGAGGAUUGAAUUCUCCUCCUCUAAUGAAACUUACAAGGAAUGGUGUAUAUGUUAACGUCGUCGAGAGAGUGAGAGAGGCUUUCGAGUUCGAGGAUGUGGUUAGACUAGAUUGCACUCAUGUUGGCAGCAGUGACUGCAAACAAAUAGGUGUUAAAUUGAGGGGUUUGGUACCUUGUGUUCCCAUUUUGUUCAAGGAUGAGCAGAUUAUACUGUGGAGAGGGAAGAAAGAUCAUCGAGAGGACGUGAACUCGAAGAUGGUAGAUUCCUGGAAUGUGUAUGUUUAACUUGCAGUAUCUUGGUACAGAUGAUGAGGAUGGUUUUUCUUCGAGGACGAUCAAUUUAUACAUUGUACCUACUGAUUUUGUUCGAGGRUGAGCAGACAGAUUAAAUUGUGGAGAGGGAGAGAGAUCGUGAAGAGAACGUGAACUCGAAGACGGUGGAUGUCGAUAGAACAUGGAGAGGAAAUGUAAACUAUAAUGGUGCUCAAAUCUUGAAUGAGCUUUGGGGAUUUGUUGAUUCUCAUUCCUCAAACUCUCCUGGAUGUGUUGUGUAGUCUUCUUGAAUAUCUGCAAUGAAUCUAAACUUUAAUA